AUGUGCACUGCUUUCCAUGUCCUUCCUGGAUCUCUUUUUCACCUUUUGAAACACAUCGGCACGCCCACCUCUGAACGAUUGAGCCCAUUGUCACACGGAGUAGAAAAACGCCAGACUCCGCCUCUUUCUGCUAAUCCCGAUCCGAGGUUUUUCUCAACAUUAUCUUCACACCUACUGACCUUACCGGGGGUAUAAAAGAGGGAAGUAACUCUUAGACUCCACCUCGCUCGUUUCACCUGCCGUUUUCUUCUUCUUUUUUCGUUUCGUUCCUUUUUUGAACUGAACUCCGUCUUUUGCAGCUUCGAAAUGCACAAAGCGUUGGCGUGCUUGGUCCUUCUUCUUGUGGCACUUGCUACGGUCAGCGCUCAAUUGGUGAAUAAAUGACUUAUCGACAUGAAAACAGUGGCUUUUCAGAGGGCAAAACGAGCCAUCAAUCCGUUUUUGGAUUCAAUGGGUAAACGGGCUGUGAAUCCGUUCAUCGACUCGAUAGGCAAGAGAGCCUUCAGACUUCUACAGGCACCUGAAAAAAAGUAAUCUAAUAUUGGCCAUAAAUUAAGCAAAAGUUUCUUUUCAGAUAUUUUGACAGCUUGGCUGGCCAGUCUUUGGGAAAACGAUCAGAAUACGAUGACACUGAACCGUUUUUUUAA